GUUACCACGAAGAAGAAGAAGAAACGCUGCUGCUUUUUUCUUUGGCCGCGUUGAGCUUCCGUAAUGCAAGAAUGCGUUUCCAUAGAAACCAUCUACGGAAAAGGCGAAGCUAGCUCACAUCAGCUCCGGCAGGACUGUUCGCUUCGGGUUAAACCUUCGAUACAACCCAGCCUCGUCUCUGUGGGCUGUGUUGGUCAGAAGCUUCCUCUGUGAUAACAUCUCUCAUCCCCACUUCCCGUCUCCAGAGGAGGAACCACCACAGGUUCUGUUGCCGCAACAUCCCCAGGAUGUCCUUCAGAGAAUUGAGAAAUUUCACUGAGAUGAUGAGGGCCUUGGGAUACCCCAGGUUGAUAUCGGUGCAGAACUUCAGUACACCAAACUUCACCUUGGUGGCGGAGAUAUUGAUAUGGCUCAUAAAGAGAUAUGAGCCUCACAUGGAUAUUCCCACUGAUGUGGAUACAGAGUCAGACAGGGUGUUCUUCAUUAAGGCCGUGGCCCAGUUCAUGGCAACGAAGGCUCACAUCAAACUCAACAUGAAGCACCUCUACCAGGCUGAUGGCUACGCUGUGAAAGAGUUGCUGAAGAUCACCUCGGUGCUGUACAACGCUAUGAAGACUAAGCAGAUGGCCUUUGGAGAAAUAGUUGAGGAGGAUAACAACAAGUUCAAGUUUGACCUCGGCUCACGGAUUUCUGAUCUCAAAUCCGCUCGACAGCUGGCAUCCGAGGUCACUUCUAAAGGAGCAUCUCUCUAUGAUUUACUGGGUAAAGAGGUUGAACUGCGGGAAAUGAGAACUGCGGCCAUUGCCAGACCUCUGGAGGUCAAUGAGACCGAGAAGGCCCUGAGAGCUGCCAUCAAGGAGGUUUUGGAAAGUGUGGAGAAGACCAAAGACAUGCUGAGAAAUGUUGGGUCGGAUGUGACCUCUCUGGACGCCAAAAUAGAGAAGAAGAAGCAGGAGCUGGAGAGGAAUCGAAAGAGACUCCAGACGCUUCAGAGUGUCAGACCAGCAUUCAUGGACGAAUAUGAGAAGAUAGAGGAGGAUCUGCAAAAGACGUACGUCAUCUAUGUGGAGAAGUUCAGGAACCUCAGCUUUCUGGAGGCGCAGCUGGAUGAGCACCACAGACUGGAGCAGGAGAGGUUUGAGGAGGCUGAAAACAACAUGAGGAUGAUGCAGCACAAGCUGAGGGAGGAGGAGAAAGAUAUGAUGAGAAGCUCCCUGAAAGAUGAGGAUUCGGACAUGGACGUCCCAGAAGAUGACGGCUCAGACAGUGACAUAGAAGAGAGUCGACCCUCGAAACCCCGGCCCACACGAAACAGCAUCAUGGCAGGAUCAGGAGCUCGUUUCAUCGGGACCAUGCAGGGUGACAGUGACGAGACCGAGGACAGCGAGAUUGACGUGGAUGAGGAUGAUGAAGAAGAUGAGGAGGGAGAGGAGGAAGAGGAAAGCAAGGAUUUGGAGGACGACAGUUUGGAGGAUCCGGUGUCCAAGGUUGCUCACACCUCCAGGGGGCCUGUGAGACCCCCUCUGUUAGAGGAGAGUGACAAUGACUUCUAAAUUAUGAACGAACUCAUGAUUCAGCUUUUUCCGCAUUCCAGCUGAAAUGACAACAUCUCAUUUCCUCUCAGGAAUAUGCAUUAAAUAUUAUUUUCCAUUGCGUUAAUAUUGCAACAUAAACUUCAUAUUUUUCUAUAUUUGUGAAAACUGGUUUGCUUAUUAAAAUAUCAACAAUUC